AUGGAAAACCAAGCUGUGAACUCCGAAAAUGUUGUGGUUCCUUUGAGCGUCGUACGCUGGUUCUUCCAGCGCGAGCAAGCAGAUGCUCACUCAAUCACAAACCUUCGAAAGUAUAAUUCAUCUCUCGAGAGCUCGCUGCAUACUUCAGGGUGGAGAAUGCAACAUGUCAUCAUUGAAAAGAAUGCCCUAUCUGCACACUAUGACCAACUGCACAUGGACUACUUGAAACUUUUCGAAGCCUACGAGCACCUUGAGAAGCAAAUCAAUUAUACCGGAUCCACAGAUCUCCCCCCAAAAGAGCGCCUCACAUCUGCGGAUAUUAUUACCGAGGGAGCAUAA